CACGAAAGCAUCCGGUUGUGUUCCGGCCGCCGGUCGGUCGGGAAAGUGACGCGAGCAACUGAUCACUCCUUGUGCACUCUCUAGAUAGCUAGAUAUAGCUUUUCAUGCCAAGCUCACAGCUUAUACAGCUUACAAUCACCCAUAGCUCAUACGAUAGAUCAAAAAACCUAGAGAUUCAAGCUACCACCCUCUGUCGCAAGAAGCAUUCAUACGAUGAGCUAUCCCGGAAGCUCGAACGAGGCAAUCUCGUCUCCAAGUCACACAAACCUGGCUAAGAAGCGAAAACGAGAGCGGGCUUGUGACCAUUGUCGAAAGAAGCGAGCUCGGUGCGAUGGAAGUCUGUUUUCGGAAAACGAUUCCUGCUCCAAUUGCCGGGCUCACGGCGUACAGUGUACCUAUAUCCAAGCCUCUGAACGAAGAGGUCCACCAGCCGGCUAUAUCGACGCUUUGGAAUUCCAGGUCAAUCGACUCGAAGCUGCCUUUCGAGAGAACCACACCGAAGAUCAACUUUUCAGGUUGACGGGCCCUCGCUUGAACCGUGAUGACUUCGAUCAGGUUUGGUUCAAUCAGCAGCUCAAAGAUUUGAACAUUCAACGAGUACCGCCUCUCAAGCGGACCCGGAAACCCAAGCAGGAAUCUAGCCGAGAUGAUGGCACUUCGUAUCAGCCCAAGGAGCAAUAUCAGACAGGAAAUACAGGAUAUACAGGGAAUACAGGGGAUUACAGAACCGAAUACGAUACGAAGGACCUUGGCAGACUGCCAACAGAUCCUGCAAGAAACUCGAUCGGUCGAAAUGAACCGAUGGCAUCACGCUACUUCGGCCGAAGCAGCGGGGUUGACAUGCUCCACUGGAUGCAACAACAGAAAGCGACCGCCUUGCAAGAACUCCCGCCCACUGGACUAGGAAAAUUCCAGCCGCCGACCUAUACGGCGCAGUGGGAGAAAGAAACGCUCGCGGACCCGCAGACAAGCCCCAUCGAUUACGCCAUUUGGCCUCACGAGGAUCUGGCAGAACAACUCAUCAAAGCUUACUUCGAUUUUGAGAACCUUACAGUCCCCAUUCUGAAUCGAAUACUAUUCAAAAGAGACUACUGGGCGCUGCGGUGGCGUCAUGAUCGCGGCUUCGCUCGAGUAUGCCUCGCAGUGUUUGCCCUGGGUGCAUCUCGAGUAGAUGACCCGGAGGUGUACUGGCCUCGACAGACUCCUGCAGAUUCGCAGGUGUCCAUUCGGCAUUCUUCAGGAUGGAAAUAUAUACAUUCCGUCAUAUCUACAUCAACUACCGGGACGAAUCCCGUUACUCUAGAGCAACUUCAAGCCGAUGCUCUUUUGACAGCGUUCCUUGUGCAGCGGAAAAAUUACAGCGAGGCGUGGCUCUACGCAGGCGCUGGAAUUCGAAGUUGCAUCGAUAUCGGUCUGCAUGUAACGGCUGGAUUAGAGCGUUUCAACGAUAGGACUCUGCUCGAGCUAUACAAGCGGGCACUCUGGUGCUUGGUGUACUUCGAUCGAAGCUGUUCUCAGGUCAUGGGCCGACCGAUGGCGAUUCCUUUAGAAGCACUCGAUGAUGGAAAGUUCAACCUGCCAUCGGACAUUGACGACGAGUUUUGGGAUACCGGGAAUAUCGCCACUGACUUCCAGCAACCAAGCGACAAGCCCAGCAAGUUGGCGUUCUUUUUGAACCUUCUCAAAGUACAGAAGCAUGCUAUGAUCGCCAUUGAUAGUGGGCGCUGCAACCCGAAUAGCGGGAACGAACGGGUUGGCCACAGCUCUUCCGCUGCUCGGACUUUUGAUCUCGCUCUGCAGUCCUGGCGGAAUCAUGAUCUCCCUCAACACCUAAGAUGGUCGGGGAAGCACUCUGAUAUUGGCUUUCUGAUACAGAGCGGAGUUCUCGAAGGCAUUGCCUCUCAGUUUCAGGUGUUCCUUCACCGCCCGUUGUUGCCUAUCGAUUUGCGGCAACCUGACCCACAAGGGAUCGAGUCGGCAAGGAUCUGUGAUGAAGCCGCCCGAACUUCCUGUCGUAUAGCUCGCACCCUCGCCAAUCGACAUGCUCUCCAUCACGCUCUAGCGAUGCCGAUUUUUGCAAGUGCUAUCAUGAGACUAUUCUUCUUUUACGCCAGCCCUGCCAGCCCCAGCGAUGCUCCUGAACAAGCUCAAAUUACGGCACAAAGCGACAUUCAGACUUGUCUUCAAGCUCUGGAUGAGAUCAGUCUCGGACGAGGCGCCCGUAUCAAGGAUAUACUGCUGGAUCUUUUCACGAUCUCUCAACCAAGCUGGCCCGUGAAACAAGGUCAAUCAUCGGGAAGUCGAAACCGUACAGGCAUUGAAGCAAGCUCUGGAGCAUACGAGGCCUCCUCCAUCCGUCUGAACGGAGCCUCAGCAAGCGUCCCCACUCACGAAAGUCCGCCAGAGAUGAACUUUGCGACCUUUCAGACGGGAUUUCCAGUGGAGCAGUUUGGCCAAUCGUUCGAGCCCUUGCAUCAGUUCUGGAACGCAGCCCCGAGUGGAUUCGAUCUCAAUGAAUGGUCUUCAUUUCUAUCAAUGAAUUACUUCGACAACCAAGAGCCUUACGGAACUUAGCGAUCGAGUCGCCGAAUCGAUCAGGACUAGCCGAUCGAUCAAUCAAUCAAGUCGAUGAGGAGAUUCAGUGGCAUGUCUAGCAUGCGUUAGACAUUGCCAGACUAUCUGGUGCGGGAGGCCAAUCGUGCGUGAACGCAGGACCGGAAUUAAUAAAGGCUUCGCUCGAAACCAAGGUAUUGAGCGUCCUCGACCUUUCACCUACGAUCGAUCUCGGCGCAGUGUACGAUUAUAUAUGAAGCAUAUUAUAGGUGACAUCACGCUGUAGCUUGACAUGAACGUUUCUUGCGAGGAACGAGGCUAUGUCUAGCAUUUAGGAUUAACCCUAACCUUGUGUGAUGAAAUCGGAUGUCGAUGGCGCCCCGCCAGUUACGUCGUUCUUAAAGACCGGCUCGUUGUUAAGCCUUGAGCCUAGCUGCCGAUUCGGUUCGUCCUUCGUAC